AUGUCGGGCUUCAACUUUGGCGCCACUCGGCCUGCAUCGACACCCUCUCUCAUCGCGACAAGUGGUGCUUCAUCAGCAGGGGCAUCUUCAGCCGCAGCGCGGCCAACUGCAAAGUCCAAAAGCGGUGCCAUCACCAGCUCAGAUAAUACAAGCAUCAUGAGUUUGUUCGCACAAAGAGCUUGUCCCCAAGCAGUUCUCAAGUCUUACAAGUCAGGUGACUACACCGAUCUGAUUAUCAGCUGCGGGGACCUCAUCUUCAAUGUGCAUCGAGUCGUCGUUUGCUCAACAUGUGACUUCUUCAAGAAGAGUGUUAGUUUCGGAAAGGAACAAGAGGACGGCCGUAUCAACCUGCCAGAUGAUGAUCCAGAAAUGAUACGUCGUCUUAUCGCCUUCUGCUAUCUGGGUAACUACGACCCUUGUGAUGACCUUUUCUUGAAUUCUCUCGACAGUCUCAAACAAUAUGCAUCCACAACUUCACUCGCGCCCACAUCUCAUUCUCGAUAUCGUAGAGGCGGACUAUUCGCCGCUCCGGACCCUUGUUCAUGCCUGAUGCCCAUGACACAGAACUUCAAGCAAGCUAUCAUGAAGCCAAAGUCAGAUGGCGUCCCGUCCGACUACACCAUAGUCAAGAAGCCUGAUCAUAGCGCCGAAGUUGCGGAGCCUCUUACCAUACACGCGACAAUGUAUGCACUUGCCGAUAAGUACCAGGUCGAUGGACUCGCGGCGCUUGCGCGUGACAAGUUUGAGUCGUGUCUCCACCACCAUGCAAACACGAACGAUUUUGUGAACGCCGUUCAGAUAACGUACUCUACUACACUAGAGACGAAUCGGAGACUCCGUGACACGGUGUACAAUGCGUUUCUGACACAUUUCCACGUCAACCUCGCGAGUAUACCCGGUAUCGAAGCGAAGCUCGAAUGCAUUGAUGAUUUGUCGUUUCAUCUGAUUAAGGCGUGGCCCCUCAAGACUGAGCCGGCCAAGCCUGCUACAAAGCCUAUAAAUUCGACGCCUGGCUUAUUCGGACUACCCAAUAUCUCGCCGGCCGCAUCCUCGUCUGCUGCGCCGCAACCUUCUAUGAGCCUUUUUGGGCGCUCACCCUAA